CGCUGUUUUAUUGCUCUCGAGCGGAUUUCAAGUGCUGUUUGAUAGAUCUGUCGUGAUCGCUGGGUUGCUUUGAGUGAUCUCGAUGCGAUCCAAUUCGGCGACGUCCCGAGAAGUAGAUCUGAAACGUGUUAGCAUAAUUGCGCCCGAAUUUGGGUUUUUUGAGCGUGUUUAUUGCGGUUCGAUCUGGAAAUUUGAGGAUCUGUGUUUUGAUCUGUGCAUGUUUUGGUCUUGAAUUUGGGAAUGCUUUGGCAUCUUUUGCCGCUACUUAUUAAGAAAAUUUGGUUGCUGAUGAAAAUCUCUGGACUCAUAUGCUGAAGUAUAUGGGAUCUGGCAUGGAAGACGAGGGGUAAAAUUUCACCAGCGAUCAAUUGUACCAAGUAAAUGAAAAUGGCUCCUGCUAGCAAGGCUGAUAAAAAGGCAGCAGUUGAUGCGGCUGCAUGGAUGUUCAAUGUUGUCACUUCUGUUGGGAUUAUCAUUGUCAAUAAAGCCUUAAUGGCCACAUAUGGUUUCAGUUUUGCUACUACGUUAACUGGUUUGCACUUUGCCACCACAACUGCAAUGACGGCUGUUCUUAGGUGGUUGGGCUAUAUCCAACCCUCUCAUCUACCAUUGCUAGACCUCUUGAAGUUUGUUUUAUUUGCAAACUUCUCUAUUGUUGGUAUGAAUGUUAGUCUAAUGUGGAACUCAGUAGGAUUUUAUCAGAUUGCGAAGCUGAGUAUGAUCCCUGUAUCCUGCUUAUUGGAAGUUGUUUUGGACAAGAUCCGAUACUCAAGAGACACGAAGCUCAGUAUUGCAGUUGUUCUCUUAGGUGUUGCUGUCUGCACUGUAACUGAUGUGAGUGUUAAUGCCAGAGGUUUUGUUGCUGCCUUUAUCGCUGUUUGGAGUACUGCUAUACAACAGUAUUAUGUACAUUUCCUUCAAAGGAAAUACUCUCUUAGUUCAUUUAAUCUGUUGGGGCAUACUGCACCUGCUCAGGCUGGAACUCUAUUGCUAUUAGGCCCCUUUGUGGAUUAUUGGUUGACAAACAAGAGGGUUGAUGCCUUUGAUUACAGCACAGCAUCUGUAGUGUUUUUAACGCUCUCAUGCACGAUCGCAGUAGGGACAAACCUCAGCCAAUUCAUCUGCAUUGGAAGAUUCACGGCCGUGUCUUUCCAAGUACUGGGCCAUAUGAAGACGAUCCUUGUUCUGAUCCUUGGAUUCUUGUUCUUCGGAAAGGAGGGCUUUAAUGCACAAGUGGUCUUCGGCAUGUUCAUAGCUGUGUUAGGAAUGGUUUGGUAUGGCAAUGCUUCGUCUAAACCCGGCGGGAAGGAGAGGAAGUCGACUAGCAGUAGACAGCUGAAACAUGGCAAUUCAUCGGAAUCUUCAGAAAUUGAUGACAAGGUCUAAAGUUUUUUUGGCCAAAAUUCAAGGUAAAAAAAUACAAGUUUUAGCUUAUACCAGGAAAAUUUUUAAUUUUUAAUCCUUGACACACUCUAGAUAACAGCCCCUUCUCAAACCCCAAUUGCUAUCAGAUUCUUCCUGAUUUGUUAUUCUUGUAUUCCUUUCUUGUGAUGUUAGGUAUCCCUUCAAGGGCUUUGAUACUUUUGAAUAGGGUUUGAAUUCUCUGAAGAUUCUUCUAUUUAUGUGAUGAUAAUUUAUA